CCGCUCGGCUCCUUCACAGGGUGACACGUCUGCGGUGAGUGAGUGGCGUUGGCAGCCUGUCAAUCCCUCACCGGAGCGGCCAUCAAACAACAUAAAACACGCGCGGGCACCGGGCGCGGGGCUCAUAAAUUCCGGCGGGCCGAUAUUUUUGCACAUUGCUUUGCAGAGAGUGUGUAAUUAAUUUUUUUACAGUUCUUUCCCCGUUAUUUCCUCUCUUUUCUUUGCACAAGUUCAAACUUUUGAUUGCUGCUGUCUCACCCCCGUGCACAGACUUAGGAUCGUUUGUUAUUUGGGGGGGAGGGCGAUUAAUUUUUUUUUCCCUCUGUGAUUGUGUUUUCUUGGCUUUUUUAUGUUGCAAUUUGGGGGUGGGGGUGUUCGCUGGUUUGUUGUGGUUUUUGCUGUUUGCACCCUCCCAACUUCUGAAGGAUUUGAAAGCGAGUUUUUUUGAUUUUGUAUUUAAUUUUUUUUUUUAAAUUUUGCCUUUUUGCAAAGAAGAUUUUUGGACAAGUGGGGAAAGACAUAAAAAUCAACAAUAAAAAUAAAAAGGAAAAAAAAAAAAAAAGCUUUGGGAGAAGAUUGUACCACGAAAACCUCACAGAAAUCUGCUCAGCUCAUUUAUCCGAGGCACCAAUAUGAUGAUGAUGAAAGAAGAUUGUAACUAAAGAAGAGAGUGAUUUACUGCCCUGGGAAGGAGAAGAGAGUGGAAUAAACAGCUGAGAUCCGGUCAAAACACAAAUACUACUUUUUUUGUUAUUGUUUUGUUUGGCUUUUUUUUUUUUCCUUUUUUUUUUUUCCCUUUUUUCGUGGUGUGUGUGCAGAGCGCGGUCAGGAGCGCGGCACUGGGACUGAGCGGGGCAGGCGCUGCCGUGACCGCCCGGAGCGCGGCCCGGCCCGGAGCCAUGGACGAUCAGUCCAGGAUGCUGCAGACUCUGGCCGGCGUGAACCUGGCCGGGCACUCGGUGCAGGGGGGCAUGGCCCUGCCGCCUCCCCACGGACACGAAGGGGCUGACGGCGACGGCAGGAAGCAGGACAUCGGCGACAUCCUCCAUCAGAUCAUGACCAUCACUGACCAAAGCCUGGAUGAGGCACAAGCAAAGAAACACGCCCUGAACUGCCACAGGAUGAAACCCGCCCUGUUCAGCGUCCUCUGCGAGAUCAAGGAGAAAACAGGUUUGAGCAUCCGAGGAGCCCAGGAGGAAGACCCUCCGGAUCCUCAGCUAAUGAGACUAGACAAUAUGCUUCUGGCAGAAGGAGUCUCAGGUCCGGAGAAAGGUGGGGGAUCGGCGGCAGCAGCUGCAGCCGCAGCAGCCUCUGGAGGGUCUUCAGAUAACUCUAUUGAACACUCAGAUUACAGAGCCAAAUUGACCCAGAUCAGACAAAUCUAUCACACAGAGCUGGAGAAAUAUGAACAGGCAUGUAAUGAAUUUACCACUCAUGUAAUGAACCUCCUCAGAGAACAGAGCCGGACACGUCCCAUUUCUCCCAAGGAGAUUGAGAGGAUGGUGGGCAUCAUUCAUCGAAAAUUCAGCUCCAUCCAGAUGCAGCUCAAACAAAGCACUUGUGAAGCAGUAAUGAUUUUAAGAUCAAGGUUCCUUGAUGCCAGACGGAAAAGGCGUAACUUCAGUAAACAAGCCACGGAAAUCUUGAACGAGUAUUUUUACUCCCACCUCAGUAACCCCUACCCCAGUGAAGAAGCCAAAGAAGAGCUGGCAAAGAAAUGCAGCAUCACGGUAUCACAGGUGUCCAACUGGUUUGGCAAUAAGAGAAUCAGGUACAAGAAGAACAUCGGGAAGUUCCAGGAGGAAGCCAAUCUCUAUGCGGCAAAGACGGCCGUGACUGCAGCGCACGCCGUGGCAGCGGCUGUCCAGAACAACCAGACCAAUUCCCCCACCACACCAAAUUCUGGUGGAUACCCUGCGUCAUGUUAUCAAUCAGACGGGAGGAUACAAUGAUGGCUUGGGAGGAAAUUCACUGUACAGUCCACAUAAUUUAAAUGCUAAUGGAGGCUGGCAGGACGCAACCACUCCAUCUUCUGUGACUUCCCCUACAGAAGGGCCGGGAAGUGUGCACUCGGAUACCUCUAACUAAUCUCCUAGCAACACUUUUUCCCUGAGCUGAGAUGCCUUGAUUAGUGCAUUCAGAGUUGCAGGAGAAAAAGAAAAGAGUUUUUUGUAGCCAACCACCUACAGCUUUACUGUAAAACCUUGUCUUACUAGAAAACUUGGUAAAUCUGUUUUUUAAAGGUAUCAUAAUCAUUUGUAUUUAUACUUAAAACACACAAUGUUAAAAAGCACUUUAUCCAAUUAGGCCAAGAUUUAGCAUUGUUUAUAGCCCUGUAACUAUUUUAUCAUAAUUUAUUAUCAGCAGUUUUAUGAUGUUGGUCUAACAGUUGCCAAUUACUUGGCCUUAAGGGUAAAAGUACAGGACAAGCUUAACCUCAGUAGCAAGAGCAGACACAAAGAACCGCCUCACCCAAAUUUAAUUGUGUGCAUAUUUCCAUGGAAAGUCUACAGGAAUCACAGACUUUGAUUGUGUUUCAUCUUUUCAUAUCUCUCACAGAGCUGGAAUAAAAAGAGCUGUUCAGUUACUUCGGUUAACAAUGGUUGUGUUUAAGAAUCCUUAUUCGUCACAUUUUUGUUGAGAUCUAUUGUCUUACAAAUUAGAUUGGAAACCAGGAGCAUCUUUUCUUGCUAAAGCCCCCCUGGAGCCCAAGUCUCCUCUCCGUAUCCGACACGAACACAGGUUGUUCUUGGGAGACGACGACUCUUGCUGCUGGUCUCUGUGCACGCCACCACCCGGGGUUUUACAGUACGAGCUGGGUGCUACCCACGCCUGCCAAGGGCUGGUGCCUCUGCUUGGCAGCAAACCACAAACAAAGGAAAAGGAAAGGAAAAAGCACCGUGAUAUGGAGUGUUGUACAUAGUGUAGCAAAAGAGUAUUUAUACAUCUCACCAAUCAAACACAGCUUUAUUACCUCAUGCGAACUCAUACAAACCAAUAGACUUUCAACAUGUUCUGUAGCUUAGAGUGCUCACUUACUACCUCUGAACGAUACUCACGCUGUAGUUUGUCUCUUUCUUAUCUUUUUGCAUCUUGUAAUUAACUCUUUGUUUCCCCACGAAAUGUAAUGUACAUUGUAAUCUCCUACAAAUCAGGGUUGCCUUGGCAACUGCUAAAGAAGCGGAAGUGGAAACAUGGGGUCUUAGGUUGGACACAAAACAGUGCAACUGUUGUAAAUACUGAGAAGCAUUUUGAAUGUUCUUCAUCUUGUUACUAAUACACGCAAAAACCAACAACUAAUUGUAAUGCAUACAGACUUCAGUAUUCAGUACUGUACAUCCCCCUGGAUUGCAGGGGCCCUUUCUCUCUCUCUUUUGUAUUGUAUGCGAUUCUGAAACUGAUUGAGUCAUGAAAAUAAUUUGUGGCAGUGAUUCUAAUGUAUUAAACCGUUUCGUGUUACUUUCUAACUGGAUUACACCCUGGAUUGAAAAGUCUUCCUCGUGGUAGUUAAAUGUAGUUUCAAACAUGAAUAAACUUUUUGCUUUCAUGAUCAAACGUUGAUGUAAUUUCUUCCUGCUCAGUUCAAGUCUGCCUGAGGAGAUGCGCUGGUCUCCAGAAGAGUGAGCUGGCAUGGAGCAGGAGCUGAGCAUCUCUUUAAACACCAGCAGGUCCUUGUGCCCUCUUGCCAGGAGAGAACUGGAAAUCCUGGGAGAGGCACAUCCUGGGCAAAGGCUUCUACCUGCCAGCGCCUGCCUCCGCUGCCACCCUGCUCUGCUUGGGAGCCACAAAUCAAGCAGAGGUAAAGGAAGGGGUCAGGCCUUUAGAUGAGUUUAAAAGCCAUCAUCAUAUUCACUCUUAAUUACCAUUUUUAUUUAACAUUAACUUUGUAGCUAUAGCCUCAGCUAGCAAGUCUAAUGUGAUUAUAAAAAUAUUUUUCUUUAUUAAAAAAACUUUUUUGGAAGGACGUAUAUAUAUAAAUGCUAAUUUUAAGUCUUUUUAAUAAAGUAAAGGUCAAUAACAGGUAAUAGCCUAUUUACCAUAUCUCAAGGAAAUUGACUCACAGGAAAUCAAAUUAACGUUAAUCACUUGCAGCAAAUGGUCUUUGAUAAAUAUAACUACUCACUACUUGGGUUAGUGCAGCUAGGCAGGAGGAGGCCGAGUGCUCACCAGCACCAGCCCCUGCUUGGCUGGAGCCGCGGCUCGGUGCCUCUGAGGAGCUGCUGGGCCAUCACCUUCCCUUCCCUUUGGCUGUUCAAGCCUUCAGAUGCUGUUUUGGGGGCUGAACAAUUAUUUGCAUGAUUCAAUGAGCUUGUGGUUCAGCUUUUCUCUACAAUUCUUGUAUCAGGUUAUUUUGUAAAAUACCUUUGUUCUCCCACUCUCCCCCCUGGGCCAUGAGGACACGGCACCCCAUGCUCUCUCGCACCAGUGACUGCUGCUGCUCUCCUUCACAGAGCAGACUCACCUCGAUUAGGUCUGGAAUUGAACGGUGCUUCUCCUUCUACAGGUGGUGCAUUUAAAUUAACAGGUAAAUAGCUAGACAUGCGUUGCAAAACCUUUGUUAUGGGAGCUGGGGCAGGUGGGGACUGUGGACUGCCGAAGACUUCUGCAUGCUGAGGACAAAGCACCCAACAAUUUGCAUUUGCUAAUGGAGCUCCCCAAGUCCACAGGCUCAGUGCUCAUGCUACAGCUCAGUGGAAACGGUAUUUUAUAUUUUAAAUGUAAAGUGUGUCAGCGGAGGCGUAGUAGGCAGCGUAAUGAACACUCAGACGUCCCUCAUCUUGAUCACAUCUCUGCUGGCCACAGGCAAGGACCUGUCACACACUGAGGAGGUUCAUAGGAAGGCCAUCAACAACCUUUGGGCCGCCCUUGCGUGCCCCACGCCCGCUGGGCAUCAUUAGCUGCUGCUUUACAGCAUUAAGGCUUUGGGUCCCUUUGAAUUACAAGUGCAAUUUGGUUUUCCUUACGUUGGAGAGCAGCCGCGUGGUUCCAUGGCAAAUAAUAAACAUCUUAUCCUUGAGGCCUGAUCACGCAUCAGGGAGGUUUACUGCCAGCACCAGUACUAGGAUCAAGCUGCUGACGGUAUAUUGUGUUUCACCCAGUAGUUACACCCUGAAGGGUGUCGGAGCCUCGGAAGAACAGCGGCUCACACCAGGGGAGGAGAUCCUCAGCUCUCCCACCCUGCCAGCUCAGCGGCACCAUCCCGAUUCCCUGCACCCACGUUUGAGCUUUUGGCACACGAGAGCGCUGCAGCCGGAGCCAUGGGAGGUGCCAGCCCAGAGAGCCUGUGUGGAGCACAGCAGGACCAAAAGGAGGAUUUGCGGCAGGUCCCAGGAAUCGCCAUCUCCUGUGCCCGGCACCUACCUGAGGCAUCCAUCACUGGGACAGGCACGAGGGUGCCUGGAGGAGAGACCCACAGUGCUCCCCUGGGCACGGCUCGACAGCCACUUCUGGGACCGUCCCCAGCUCCGUCUGACCUGUGGGGACCUCGGCACGGCCACUGCUCCGGGUGUCCUGCACGGGGAGCUAUGAGCAGCCCUGCAGCUGGGGAGACGUGGUGCUUCUGUUUGUGACCUGCAUGGGAGCAGCCCCACAGCCCCCCCAGAGAACAGCAAACCUCCAUCUGCUGGCAGCGGAGCAGGUGACAAGGUCCCCGUGUGCCCGGCUUCCUGUGUGCCCAGCCUGGGGUGCAAUGAGGGAUCCUGAGCCCAGGGAGGGAAGAGCUGGGGACACCGUGGGGCAUGGCAGGAUCCGUGCCCCUUGGGGCUGGGUCAGUGCUGACUUGGCACCGCGUGUGUGAGGCUGACGGCGCCCUGAGAUCCUGCAGCAAUGUCCUGACCGCACGCGAGCCCGUGUGCAGGGCCACUGCCAGUGUCUGUGCCAUGUAUUUCCAAUGUGAUAAAAGUAACUGUGAGUAACUGAAGAUGUUUCAAGUUUGUGUUAAUAAAAUACAUCUUUUUUAAAGAA